GUUUCCUGUCAGUGUUUGUAAACUGAGAGAAAAUUGGAAGUGCGACAAGAAAUAAAACCCAGCCGCCCUCUGAAAUCCGAAAGGCUUUGGCCCCCGAUGAUUUGGGUGGGCGUGGUCUCUUCUGUUACCCCUCAUCCCGAGUGAAGCCCCCUCUGUUCCCCUCAAACACACACGCAUUCAAACCACGACGAUGACACACCAUUCCAACAAUUCUGUUCGAGAUCAUAUGAAGUGGGCGGGGUUGCUGGGCUGCGAGGCGGUGCUGUCCAGCAUGGCCCUGAUGCAGGCCAACAACAUCCCGGGCCAGAAGAAGAUGAUGUCCGCCAUGGGUCAGGGCCACAGAGGCAGUCCUGAGAGCCACCACACACACCCGCAGCACGGCCACAACCACCACGGGCCCCCGGUCCACCACGGACAGGGCCAGCACGGCCACAUGGGGCAUCCGUCAGGCGGGACCUGCCCUCCGCUGCUAAUCCGGAAAGACGGGGAUUAUCACUCAUCGAGGGUGUUGGAUGGAAAGGACGUGCAGGCCAACCAGAAUAUGCAACCCAAAAAGAAACACAAAAAAUCAUCGCACAAAAUUAAAGAGGAGGUGGAGCAUUUACUGCCUCAUCUCGACAUGGACGAUGACUCCGCCCUGAAAGUGCAGAAGAACUUCAUCUGCGAUCACUGCUACGGGGCCUUCCGGAGCAGCUACCACCUCAAGAGACACAUUCUCACACACACAGGGGAAAAGCCAUACGCUUGCGAUGCGUGUGACAUGCGGUUCAUUCAGCGUUACCACCUGGACAGACACAAGAGGGUCCACAGCGGAGAGAAGCCCUACCAGUGUGACCGCUGCCAUCAGAACUUUUCACGGACAGACCGGCUGCUGAGGCACCGGCGGCUCUGCACGGUCGGGAUGAGCAAAGACGACAGCCAGUACUCCCAGGAUGCAACUGCCCACACGGCCUCCUGGAGCCCCCUGCAGCCUUCCAACAACCGCCUGACCGUCUGACCGCCAGCGGCCCGCGCUCCCCGCUGGAGCCCAGCCUGAGAGCUAAACUCCCACAAGUCAACCAGACGGCAGUUUGCUCGCAGCGGCUCCUCCCUCAAGCUUGAUAGUGGAUUUUUUUCUACUUUUUUUACAUACUGUUACAUUUAUGAUGCAGGCAAAAAGAGAUGGACCACUUAGAACCCCGAUGGCAAUACUCCCUUUUUACCUGAACAGUUGGAGGUGUUUUUUGCUCUUACUUCACAGUUUAACUCCGUUUCUUUUUUCUUUUCUUUUUUUUUUUAAUGAUGUGGAUGCUCAGUGUAUCAUCCACUUUCUGACCUGCGAUUAACUGGCAGCUCUGAAGGACACACACACACAGAUUUUCCCGUUUCCCUCUUGUUUAGUGCCCCUGAAGUAUUACUUGUGUACCAUCACAGCAGAUUGAGGUGUGUGUGUGUUGACCAUAAGUAGCCGCCUAUAAAACCAGCCUUUAGGUACUUUUCAGAAACACUGAUCUGAAUAUGAUUACAGUUAAUGCCACAGUAGUCUGUGUGCAGAUUUUCCAUUUUAUCCCUGAUGCACAGUACUAGAGUAGAUCAAAUAUGAUGUGUCACCUGCAUUUCAGCCAGAUCGACUAGAAGAAAACACUAAAACUUAAUUCAGUUGCUCCUGAAGUGGAAUGAUUGUGUGGGAAUAUAUUCACAAUUCUGCCAAAAUGUUUUGGAUGCAAUGCUUCAAACUGUUAAUACUGGGAUGUCACGGGCUCCAUAGGAGUGUUUUUGAAGCCCUUUCAGCUGGAUGUAUAAACCACAUAUCUAUCAUAUGUGCUUUAAAAUGUAAUAAAAUGAGACUAGUUUAUAGAAUCAUGUGAGAAAUCUCCAAGAAGACAGCACUGUAUCUCAGCUAGUUAUUUUACACAAACUCCCCUGAAACCAAUUCUUAGUUCAUCCAUCCUUUAUUUUUUUCUUUUUCUUUUUCUAUAAAUAUAUAAUGUGACGUGACUCCAGUGCCAUUUCACUGCGUCUUCAGUGAAGAUGAUUUAACGGCUGGUUUAGGAAACAGCGAGCUUCUUGGUGUGUCCGGUGGAAGCUGGUGUGUGUCUCUGUAAACACUGGACGUGGGUUCAGUCGUAGAAACACGUGAGUUUUGACACUUCCUUAGACUGAGAUGUGUUCUCGUAGGCAGGUAGUCCAGCUGCUGUCAGACUUUUUAGGAACAUGUGAAAGGAGUUUGGGGCCCAUCGCUGACUGUCUGCUGUCUUAUGGAGUUAAUAUAUAUUUAAAGUGUAUUAGGGCUAGAAAUUAGUAUGUAUGGGACCUAAACUCCUCCAGUGAAUCAAGAGUUUUUUUUUCUCAAAGCUAUAUGCAUUAGUCUGGUUAUUUGUUCCGACAUGUGGAAAAGCCGCGGGGGGGUCAUCGUUCGCCGUGUCGUUAGGAGAAAGCUUUCACUCAUGUCCUUUUAGAGUAGCAGCCAUGAUUAGUUCUCAAAACCUUUUUUUGCAUGUAUUCUUUGGAAGAUCUUGUAUUUUAUUUCCUCUUUUUUCAAUUUUUUUUGUUUUCAUGUGAGACCCUACAUUUUUUCCCUAUUUUCUUUUUUUUUUCUCUCCUUUUUGUUUGUGUCAGGAGUGAAGUGAGUUUUGACUCAGUCACACUGUACCUAAUGGACUUUUAGGGCCUCAAAUCACAAUAAAAA